AUCGUUACGAUCGAUGAAGAAGUGUUAGAAUUGAUCUGAGUGGAAAGACACGAGGGGUUUUAGAAAUUCCCAAUCAGGAGCUGAAAACUCAUGGUUUAAAAAAAAAAAGAAAUUGUUUAAUAUCCGAAGGUGUCAUUUUUUUUAUCUUAAAAUCAUUAUAUUUCAUCAACAAAAGCACUACCCAGGAGACCCAAUUUGCAAAGAUAUUAUAAUCGGAAUAAAGAUUUGGUAAAGGCAUAGAGUAGUAGAAUGAGGAGAAGGCCUGGAAUUGGAGGGUUGCAAACAGCUGCUGCUGCAAGGGAUCAAUAUCGUUUGUUAGGUGAAAAUGUAGCCAAGAUCAGAACCGAUUUGAUGAAGGAGCAGCUUGCCACGUUUCGAUCUCAGCUUGAAGAUUUUGCUCGUAAGCACAAGAAUGAUAUCCGCAAGAACCCUGCAUUCAGAUCACAGUUUCAUGAGAUGUGUGCUAAAGUUGGUGUAGAUCCCUUGGCCUCAAAUAAGGGUUUCUGGGCAGAGCUGUUAGGAAUUGGUGACUUCUAUUAUGAACUCGGAGUUCAAAUAGUUGAUAUUUGCUUGGCUACUCGAGCCCACAAUGGAGGACUGAUCAACCUGCAGGAACUUUGUCAUCUCCUUCGUCAGAGACGAAAAAGUGAUCGUGGAGUUGUUUCUGAGGAUGAUUGCCUGCGUGCUAUCAGUAAGCUGAAGGUGCUGGGUAGUGGUUUUGAAGUUAUUUCUGUUGGAAAGAGAAAACUUGUUCGCUCGGUUCCAACUGAGUUGAACAAAGACCAUAAUGAAAUUCUAGAACUUGCCCAGGCUCAAGGAUUUGUGACUGUUGAUGAAGUAGAGAGGCGGCUGUCUUGGACUUCGGGUCGUGCCAUUGAUGCCCUUGAUACGUUGCUUGAUGAAGGACUUGCAAUGAUUGAUGAUGGCCAUAGAGAUGGUAAACGACGGUAUUGGUUUCCCUGUGUAUCUCCCAUCUCAUCUUCAAUAGGAGUUGAUUCCUAAUAAAUUUGUAAUAAAGGAAACUGAGGUCAGAUUUUUGAAGACGUAUACGUAGUGUUUUCUCUAUAUAUAUUGUACCCUUUUUGUACGUGUUGAAUACACAAUCUUGAUAUUCAUAUUUCAUUAUUCUUAAGUUUAAGA